AUGAAACUUCAUCCAGAGCGAUUUCAUGGAGAGAUUGAUGAGAACAUGAGGAGAUUCAUAAAGAGCGGUAGGAAGGUAAAGCCAGUUCUGGUAGAAGCGAUGAUGAUGUUCCCCGAAAAUAUACCAGAAAGUUGGGGAGGAAAUUGCUACAGCAAGAAUGUCACGGCAAGGUUAGCAGAGAAGAAAACGGACCGACGAAUUGACGAUUCCGCAAAAGCUGCUAAGGUCAUUGUGCGAUUAGAAAGACCUGCAGUUGUUCAGUCACAAGAAAGCACUAAGCCAGAGGAGCAGGGAAGGCCAAAAGAAGCCCAGACAAAGGGAAAAAGUGCGGAGAAGGAGCCUCGUUUGACACCUCUCAUGAAAACACCAUCUCCAUCACCUGAAAAAGCUGAGGUUAAAGAAACGAAAACGAUUGAAAAAGGUCAAGACAAGGUUGGAAAAGUUGUCCCAAAAGUAGUAGUGAAUCAAGUACACCAACAGAAGUUGACGGAAAGCAAGAGUAAUGAAAAGGCUAUUGGGCGGAAGGAUGACGGAGUAGGAGAGGGUAGCAAGACAGAUAAGGAAAGCCAAAAGGAUAUGGAAGUGAAGAAAACACUGUCAGAAGACGACAACAGUGAAGAUGACGAAGAAAAGCCAAGUGGCGUGAGCAGCGAUACAUCCGCCUCGAAGAAAGCGAACAAUUAG